AUGGUGUUGGAUCUUCCAAGGGAUUUGUCGGAGGAGGUGAUGGUGUUAGAUCUUCCAAGGGAUUUGUCGGAGGAGGUGCGGUCUCGAAUUCCUUUGACAAGCGUGAGAAAAGUCAGAUCUACUUGCAAAAAGUGGAACACUUUGUCCAAACACAGCUUCGUUGCAAAGAAGAAGGUGGUGUUGGAUCUUCCAAGGGAUUUGUCGGAGGAGGUGCUGUCUCGAAUUCCUUUGACAAGCGUGAGAAGAGUCACAUCUAUUUGCAAAAAGUGGAACACUUUGUCCAAAAACAGCUUCGUUGCAAAGAAGCAUCUCAGUCGAGAGGCAGAAAAAGCCAAGGAGGAGUUUAUGGUGGUGGUGAUGAUGGAUUACAGCGUUUAUUUGAUGGGAGUCAAUCUCUCCAACAAGGACGUUGAAUCGUGUAGUUUAAAGCUCCAAGGUAAACUGAUUUUUCCCCACGAUUCAGAUUCAGAUCAAAUCGAUGUAUGCAAAGUGUAUCAUUGCGACGGUUUAUUGCUAUGCGUGUCGAAAGACCACACAAGGCUGGUGGUUUGGAACCCGUAUUGCGGGAAACCCCUGUGGAUCGAGGCCCCGCAUAGAGUUGAAGGAUAUACCGGUUAUUUGUAUGCCAUGGGAUACGACAAGAGCAGCAAUUCCCACAAAAUCUUAAGAUUUAGGGAUUAUGGCCCGGUUUCCGAUGAUUUCUCAAUCUACGACUUAGGCUCUGAUUCCAUGAAUUCAUGGAGGGAUCUUGAUAUCACUCCUCCAGGCUGGAGGGUAGAAUACAUGCAUUCCGGGGUGUCUGUCAACGGAAAUGCCUACUGGCUUGCUACAGAGGACGAUAGAGAUUUAGACGAAGCCGAGGAUGAAAAAACUUUCCUACUCUCUUUUGAUUUCACGAGAGAGACGUUUGGGCCGAUGUUGCCUCUGCCGUUCCAGCAUUUCCCUCGGGAUACUGUGAGUCUGUCUCCUGUCAGAGGAGGGAAGCUUGCGGCUUUGUUUCAGCCGUGGGAUACUUUACAGGUGGAGAUCUGGGUCACGAGCAAGAUUGAGCCCGACGCCGUGUCUUGGGAAAGCGAGGUGUUCUUGUCAGUGAGUCUGAAACAAUCCAUUUACCCCAUGUUUCAGUUUAUGGUUACAGGUGGUAGUUUCUUCAUUGACGAGGACAAGAAAGUCGCCUUGGUUUUUGAUGAAGAUUACUAUCACAGGCCUGUUAGCAACCUAGCUUUCAUCAUUGGAGUGGAUGGAUCCGUCAAGGAAGUUGAUCUUGGAGAGACUGCUCACAAAAAUUUGCCUCCACUCGCCUGCUCUUAUCUUCCAAGUUUAAUCCAACCUAAUUAG